UCCUGUCACACGUGUUGUUUUGUUGCUCUCCUUGCGCGGACCUUCGCUUCCUCCGAAGCCUACGGACAAUGUGUAACUCAUGGCUAGUGGCACUUUGCAUAGCCUCUUGUCUUCUUGUCCGAUGUACAGACGCGAACGCCGCGAUGUCGAUCGACUUGGGUUCUCGGUUCAUGAAAGUAGCCGUCGUUAUGCCUGGUUUACCCAUGGAGGUCGUCUUAGACAGCGAAUCAAUGCGUAAGACUCCAACUUCGAUUGGGUUUCGUGACAAAGAGCGACUUUUCGGUCGGGCCGCCAUUACCCUGUCGACCAGAUCUCCCGAACUGGUGUAUCACGCAGUCCCAACGUUACUUGGUAAGAAGCUAGAACAUCCAAAGGUUCAAAUCUUUCGCAAACACUAUCCUUAUCACAAUAUGACAUACGAUGAAAGCAUCGGUCAGAUUGUCUUCGAACAUCCCGGGGGCGUGCUGCUUACUGUAGAGGAACUGGUUGCGAUGUUGCUGGAAUACGCAAGGGACAUAGCUGAAAAUCAUGCCGAAAAAGGCACUAUCCUUCGGACGGCAGUGUUAACGGUGCCUCAUUACUACGGUCAAGCUGAACGUCGCAGCCUGAUUCGUGCCGCUGAGUUAGCCGGUCUGGAAGUGAUACAGCUUAUCAAUACCGGUUCCGCAGUUGGCCUGAACUUUGGUGUCUUCCGUCUGAAGCAGUUCAACGCGACGCCUCAACACUAUAUGUUCUUUGAUGUUGGGUACAGUAAUACCGUUGCAACAGUUGUAUCGUAUCACGUGGGCAAGCAUCAUUACGAUGGAGUCUUUGGAGAAGAUCCUAUAAUGACAGUCCUUGGUGUCGGCUAUGCACCCGGUCUUGGGACAUCCACUUUUAUCAUGCUGCUCCGUGAUUAUUUGGCCGGUAUAUUCCACCAACAAAAACCCAAUAUCAAAGAGGAUAUUUUUCAGAACAAACGGGCAAUGGCAAAAUUGAAGCACGAAGCUGAGCGGGUGUUCACGAUGCUUAGCGCAAACAAUGAAGUUGAAAGUCUAUUCGCUGGUCAGGAUUUCUACACAAAGAUCAGUCGAAAAGAACUGGAGACUGUUUGUGCCGAGGCGUUUGAGCAGCUACGUCAGCCGUUCGCAGAUGCACUGCAAACAUCCAACCUUUCAGUCUCUGCUAUUCAGGAAAUCGUUCUCAUGGGUGGUGGUACUCGCGUACCAAAGGUCCAGUCCAUCUUGAUGGAGUUGGGUGCCAGGUCCGAAUUGGGAAAAGGUGUGAAUGGCGAUGAAGCGGCCGUGUUGGGUGCUGUCUAUCAGGCUGCCGCGCGUACUCCUGGUUUCAAGGUCGCGCGUCUUAUUCUGCGUGAUUACAACCCCCAUGCGAUUGCCGUCGAUUUUGAACGGGCACCGGCUGCGGCAUCCGGUAAGGGGGACAAAACAGCCCCCAAUCCAGAAAGCUCCAACAGUACUUCCCCACACGCGCGAAUGGUUCUGUUUCCACGUGGAAGUCCGUACCCCUUGAAGCGUGCAAUUACCUUCAACCGGCAUAUGGAUGACCUGACAUUUUACGUAAACCAUGUUGAUGUUCCACCGAGGGAUAUCGCUUAUCUGGGCGCGACCAACUUGACUGUAGUCACCACGAAUGGUGUCGCUUCAGUGGUGGAGCGUUUCAAGCAGGCAGAAAUGCGCGGUGUCAAAGCACACUUCAUGCUGGAUCACAGUGGACUAUUGGUUUUGACUGGUGUCGAUUGCGUUCUACAUCCGCUUACCGAAACUCCAGCCGAAUCAGCACCGAAGGACGAGUCAACUUUGCAAAUGGCUUCUUUGGUGGUGGAAGUAGCACUGAAUCUGAACAAACCGUCCCAGAGACCGGUUCAAAUAGUACCGCUGAAACUCAGACCAACAAUACUUGUUCCAAAGACCGGUUCAAAUAGUACCGCUGAACCUCAGACCAACGAUACUUCGUCCACGAACACAACAGACACAAAGUCCGUCGGAGAUAAUGCCAACAACAACACCUCGACCUCUUCUGCCACAAAAGAAGUCAAGACUCCUGUUGUUACCAAGAAACCAUUGCCUUUUACCGAACGUGUCAACUUCGAUCUGGUACAUGUGGAUGCCAAUGCUCCCACAGAUGACCAUAGGGCGGUCUUCAAACAAAAGCUGAACGAUUUCCGUCAAGCCGACCAGGAAAAGCGCGACCUGGAACGUGCUAUGAACGAAUUGGAGUCCACUCUGUUCUCAACGCGUGAGAAAGUUCAGUCAGAGAUUUACGGAUCCUAUUCAACAGCCGAUGAGUUGUCGGCCUUGAAUCAGCUUUUAACCGCACACAACGAAUGGUACGAAGAGCAGAGUAUCACAACACCACGCGAGAAAUUUGAAGAAAAACUUAGUGAUAUUCGCAAACUAUUGUUGCCGAUCGAAUUGCGUGUAAAAGAGGCUGAACACCGACCCAAGGCGAUACAAGCUUUGAAUGAGUCGCUAACAGAGGCCGUGAACUUCUUGGGCGUGAUGCGCGACACAAUGAUACGCUUGAAAACACACGCGGAUGAGCUGACCAAGAACCAAACAAGUUCUGAAGGCAAUGCUACUGUUGAGAAUACAACAAAAACAAUGGACAACCUUCCUUGGCCUCCAGUUUUCACCGACUCGGAACAGAAAACCCUGGAAGAUUUGAUCAGUAAUACACAGGCUUGGUUCGACCAGUCCAAUCAGAAGCUCGCAGAAACUCCCUUGACCGAACGACCUCCGGUUUUGGUCUCCGAGUUCGAAGAUAAACAGCGACAGCUGAAGCGAGAACUACUAUAUUUGAACAGAAAACUCAUAGCUUGGCAAGGCGAAAUGGCGCGUCUGCUCAAACUCUACACAGAACAUCAACAACAGCAAGAAACGAAGCCACAGACAACUGAUGAAGCCCCUAAAGAUACCGAAUCUUCAGAGACUCAGCAACCGGACAGUCAGGAGACCACAGCCGCACCGCCACCGGCUACUCCUAAAGACGAGCCGCCGCAUUCAGAGCUGUAAUGUGUAACAAUCGAAACUGCGCGCCAACUGUGCUUAUUCUUGAAAUUCCGAAUUCAUUUUGUGGGCUCACGAUGUUUGUGAUCUACUCUCUCCGUGCGCACAAUGAAGGAUGAUACAUUUGCAAAUAUUUUUCCACCGUUAUCUUUGGACGGAUUGUCGUCUGUUGGACUCUGCCGAAAUUUUGUUUUGCAGUUCAACACUUGUUUCAUUUACGAGACCCCAUUUCCGGAUGUUAUCAGGGCGAACGUCUCUGUGUUGCUCCCUCUGCUACUUGUAUGCACCAAUACCUCUUCUAUUUUUUUUUGUUGCUCUCCGUUUUAUACAGCUGUACAGGUGGUUUUCCGGUGCUUCGUUGUUCUGUAUGUAUUUUUCUUCGCGAUAGUUUCGUUUUACACCGAGUGGUCUGUGGAGCAGUUUAGCCAAAAGGCUGUGAAUGUUUUGUCAGGGUGCCUGUCUUACUGCAUGGUGAUGGUUUGUAAUCACUGUGAUCUUUGGACCCGGUUCGACGAACGCCAUCGGACCACUUUUCUCUGCUGAAGUACAACGUCUUGAAACUUCAUGUUCUCCAUGCAAUGGAAUAUACUGUUUUG